ACUGACAACGCCGUCUUCCAAUAGGACCGAACGAGGGAAAAGUCGUACCCCGUAGCGUAAACUCGUCCUGUUAAGAAGGUUUAAAUACUUAAAGCAGCUACAGCAAUGGAGAGGAACCGUGUCAAAAUGCCUGUCUGACAUUAAAAGACAUAUAAGAUGCCCGGCUUAGUGUCAUGCCCCGGUGGUCUAAUAGUGAUUGGGAUACUCGUUCUAUCCUGCGUCCACGUCAACUCUGAGAUCUUGAGCAAUGAAGUUUCAGAUGUACAGUUUGGCACUCUGGGCUCCACCGUGACGCUGACCUGCAGAGGCUCUCACCAAGGGUCUGCGGUGGUAUGGACACACAAUGGGAGCUUAGUGCGGACGAGGCAGACUCACCCCGGCUGGGACGGCUCUCUGACGCUCACCAACACCACACGCAGCAUGGAGGGUAACUACAGCUGCCACGAGCCGAGAGGAGGAGCCCUACUGCAGAGCAUCACACUGCGUCUGGGCUAUGCCCCUGAAUAUCUGAGUGUUUCCUGUAAACUGCCAAGUCACUUCAAAAUGCUGUGCACGUGGACACAAAGAGUUAGGACACACUUACCCACCAAGUACAUCUCCUCAUACAGUGUGGAUAACAGCAGGCCGGAGCCCUGUGAACAAGAGCUGAUGGAUGUGAACGAGUGCACCAUCAGCAACCCUGUGUUCUGGGGCAGCAAACACCUAGUGAACAUCACGGAAGUGAAUCCACUCGGCUCCAAAUCCACCAUCGCUUAUGUGGACGUCAACAAAAAUUUAAAGCCUGAUGCUCCUGAGGAUCUGAUCUGCAAGCAAGUGGAUACCGAGCCCACGCAGCUGGUUGUACAGUGGAAACCGCCCGCCUCGUGGCCCUCAGAUGUGUCCAACGCCUUUCCGCUGAAGUUCGAGCUGCAGUACAGACCUGUCGGCUCCAGAUUCUGGUCCAAGGUGGAGACAGAGGACACGAGUAUGGUGAUCAUGGACGCCCUGAUGGGUCACUUGCACCACAUCAGAGUACGAGCCCAGGACGCUUUUAUUAACCACAGCCAGUGGAGUGAGUGGAGUCAGGUGGUGCAGGCCCAGCCCUGGAGUGACCUUUCCACGAUACCGGAAACCACCACAGAUUUUUUCGAGCCAAUCUUCCCUUCCACAUUUCCAGUGAAGGCAACAGAGAAGUCUCUAGAUCCAUCGUUUGAUGAAAAUGGACGUCAGGUCUUGAUCGCCCUUGGCCUACUGGCAGCAGUAAUGGUGGUGGUGGUGUUUACGAUCACAGUCCUACUAUGUGUGAGGAACAGGAGGCGGGGCAACAUGACAAAACAGGAACUUACCUCAAUGGUGAAGAUGAAGUCCUUGCUAAUCUAAAGUUUUCAGGUUGGCCUCGUCUUUUUCAGCCCUCAUAGGGCUUCAUCAUAGGGAGUCACGGCCACUGCCACUGCAGCGCUGAUAGACACACUACAAUACCCACAGUUUCACUUUCUUCCUGUCGCUGCUUGGGGAAUUGGCUCCUUUCAGUGGAGUUCUGAGUCCCAUAAACUGUGAACCCUUCCAAUGUAGCACAACAGAAAACAGAUACUGGCUUUCAUUGUUUGACGUGCAAAGCAAAUUUUGCCAGCUUUGGACCAUGAACACCAGCACAUUUUAAACUCGGUGUGCCAGCACUUAUCCAUCGCUUCAGCUUUUCCAUGCAGACUCGUGCCAUUUGGCUGCAGUGACACUUGGAACGCUGUGAAGAAAGAGGAAAAAAAUAAAACAGGCAUGGCUGUUAACCAGUCAUGGGCCAUGUUUUGGGCAUUAAGAAUAAAGUUGGCAUUCUCUACAUUUCAAUGCAAGGGACAGAGCUCCCGAACCUGAACCUAGCUGCUACAUGCGGACAAGAGACGUUUUGCAGCCCGAGGAAAGCUGAGCAUUUCGAGGAGUUUGUAUCCUGUUCACAUUGAGAUGAAGAUUUCCGCGCCACAUAAUUUCUUCAGCCUUUUAAAGUCUCAUCAUUUAAAAACAAGGUCGAAGCAUCUGCAAAUAAUCUCGGGCUUGAUUUGAACCCAAAGUUGCCUUUGAAAUAUACUGACUUCAGCAGUAAAAAAAAAAAAUAAAUAUAUAUAUAUAUAUAUAUAUAUAUAUAUAUAUAUAUAUCUUUUAGUGUUGUAGGCAGGGCCAAUAAUAACCAUCCUCUAGACCUCUACGACAGUAAGUUGGCAUCCUACGGACCACACAAAAAUAUUGGGCUCCGAAUCGAUGUGGUUAAUUGCUUUUACUUACCUCAAUUAGAAAUGCUUUGGGAAACGUGAAAAAUGAAUUUUCACUGAGCGUUGAAACAGAAAGUGAACAAAACUACUUGGCCUUGUAUUAACACACCCACUCAGGACAUUACCACAGCCAGAGCAGAGCUAGCAUCGAGCUUCUAGUGAGUGGACUGCACUGCACUGUACAUUUCAGUGUGUUCACUCUAUUAUUCAUUUCACUAUUAACCAUGGCAAUCUAUUAAGCUGGACAUCUGCUGGUGGUUUGUAUGGACACUGAUUAGCAUUUAAUGUGCAUAAACGUAAGGCAGCAGAAUCAAUUGCAGUGUAUCUUUGCUACCCUGUGUUCAUACUAACGAGUAACGAAGCAACAAGUGACAUGACAUGGAGCCAUGAUUCCAGCCUCGGUGUGUAGUCAUUUAAAUUUAGAUUCAAAUCUAGUUAAUGCAAAUUAGUUCUGAUAUGGUAAACUGACUGAAUCCAAACGGCCGGUGCCAGUAUGUUCAAUGGAGCAGUUCUCUGGCUUUGGGUGUGCGUGUGCGUGCCCUCCUCACAAAUUCACUUUCUAUGUGCAUUGACAUUUGAUUUAAGAGGAUUUAGUGCAAAAAUGUUUUUUUUUUAAAAAAAAACCUCUACCAUAACAGGAGUCAGUCCUUCCAGGAUUUUACAAUUACAGAAAUGAAUGCAAAAUCUAGGAGCCUCUAUGAUAUUCGGAGGAGCUUGCAAUUUUUAAAAUUAGCAUAGAUUUUCCGCAGAUUUGGGCCAUCAGGACGUGCAUUCAGCCAAAUCCCUCUUCAAACAUGAGAACAGCACAAAGGUCUCGUUUUCCAACAAACAUCACUACACACGACCGUGCAAAACAUCCAUCCAUCCAUCUUCUAUACCGCUUAUCCGUUUCAGGGUCACGGGGAACCUGGAGCCUAUCCCAGGGAGCAUCGGGCACAAGGCGGGGUACAACCUGGACAGGGUGCCAAUCCAUCGCAGGGCACAAUCACAUACACAUUCACACACCCAUUCAUACACUACGGACACUUUGGACAUGCCAAUCAGCCUACCAUGCAUGUCUUUGGACUGGGGGUGGAAACCGGAGUACCCGGAGGAAACCCCCACAGCACGGGGAGAACAUGCAAACUCCGCCAUGCAAAACAAUUCUGUGCAAUCGCAAGUUUGCCAAUUCAUGUGGUUUUCCCCACACAAAAAAAAACAAACAUAUGAGUAGCCUGGGUAGCUGGGAUAAACAGAAUUUGUGUCAGUUUUUUUUAUUUUAUUUCUAGUUGCCUGGUGGAUGAGUAGUUUCAGUAACCAGAGAAAGAAAACCCCAUGUCCAUUUUCAUUUGGUAUGAACGCUUCAGAAUCCCAAUGCCUGCUGCGCUACACUCACCGGCCGAGGCGCGAUCUGGUGGUGUUUACUAGAUGGCUUAAUUAGUGCAAACGGAUGACGGGCAGUCUUUUGAGAACCGGGAACAUGCAGCUAUGUGAAAACGCUGACGAGACCGAGCUAAAAAAAAAAAACGUCAACACAACCCAUACAUUAUGUAACAUCUUGCAAUUAACCACAUCAAUCACAAUUAACCACAUGAGCUGUCAGUGUGAGUGCACACUCGGUCUAUUAAUCCAAUAUCAGAAACACGGUUAAAUAUCCAUCACACAUUUAGUCCAUUAGUUCAGUGUAAAAUUCUGUGAGGAUGCUUUCCAGUUUCCAUUAACUAACACACACACACACACACGUCUACUACUUUGGCCUGAAUCCUUUGUUAGCCUUAACAUGGGUGCACUGGCUUUAUUUGCACGGGAUGACAAAACUUUCACAGCCGUUCCUGACUGGUUCUUUCCCUGCCAAGCCUUGUAUUGAAAUCUACUUUCAAGCUGAUGCAUAUUCCUGAUAUUGAUAUUAAAGCUUAUCUCUACAGUUUUAUUAAUAUAGAUUUAUGUUAGGGUAUAUUAUUAUGCAAAAAUCUCUAUCAAAUAUAUGUUUUUUUGGUUUGUUUUUUUUACCGUUCCCAGUGUCAUAAAGCUUAAACAGUGCAUGCGUGCUUUCUGUGUUGCUCCUUUUAUGUGUAUCCUUAACAAGCACAAACACACUUAUAGUUUCCUCUGUACAGAUUCAAUAUUUUGAUGUAUCAAAUGAAAUAUUUUCUAUGUAAAGUGUGUUUUAUUUCCUAUCAGGACUCUAGGCAUUGUAUUUAACACCCCCCAGUGUAAGGUUUUAGAAGUGACGCGCGUGCCGUGUCCUGGUUGGUUUGGAAUGCACUCUAGUGAACUGUGUUGGCAUUGUUGCUGGACAUUUCUGUGGAAAGUUGUAAACACCAUGAUGCAGAGACAACACUGGAUAUGUCUAGGGCAGAGGUGGCUCAGUAGUUAGUUAUUGAUGGGAAAGUCGCGAGUUUCAGUUCCUGAGGUUUUUAGGAAUACUCUAAUUCUCCGUGACACUCUUCUGUUCUUCGUCCCAUGACCUGGGAAGUGAUCAGAGGGACAGAUCUCAUCAGCUCUGAGGAUAGAGUAGACUCUCACAAUGAGAAUACACUCACUCAUUUCUGUCUCAGUUGUAAUUUGCUUUGGAUAAAAGCCUCAGGGAAAUGAGCAAAUGUAAAUACGUGGGUGCUUUCUAUGGUUAAGCUUGUGCUAUGGAUUCUCUAGUGCUGUAAAAAGACUGACAUGCAAAAAGGUUAUAUAUAUAUAUAUAUAUAUAUAUAUAUAUAUAUAUAUAUAUAUAUAUAUAUGUAUGUAUAAAAACAACUAUGGAUGUGCUGUUCUAGGAAAAUAAAGUUGAUUAUUUUCCCAUAACAGCAUGGCGCAAAGUAUUUAUUCUUCUUAUAACAGGAUUUUUUCUUUUUAAAAAAAAGAAAAUGACGCCUACAUUUUAGCGAUUUGUAGUUAAAUUUAACGUUGAACGUCCAUCAAAGAAUCUGUUUUCUUAUAUAUAUAUAUAUAUAUAUAUAUAUAUAUAUAUCUCUUUUCCCUCUCUUGAAGUUAAUAAGAUAAGAACAACGCAGCUUGUCAUGUUACCAAAUAACUAAAGCUUAAUUCACUGUCCAAAUGAAAGGUGUCUCCUUCACCACAUAACCAAUUAUCAUUUUUUUUUGGUUCAAUAAUGCUUUUUUUUAUCCGUUUAUUAUAGGUUUAGAUUAUGUGUUGCAUCCAACAUACAAGUCCUUAAAGAAACAUCAUAUUCGAGCGAGUGUGUUAACAUAAACCUGAGAUUUGAAUUCCAGUCAGCACUACUGUCAGAGAUGUAAUUACAGAAAAUUAACAAAUACUCUUUCCUCGCAUGUCCCAGCUUGUUUACAAGCCAGCCUCAGAGCACAUGAUCUAGCAGUUCUGGGAUGUGAACUCGCAUUAUUCUGAUCCGUAACUGCUGAGCCACCACUUCCUGUGAGGUAGAAAGAGAAGUUGUUGAGUGGGAUGAAUGAGAGGGUUGUUGGAUAUGUUAAAACCUCAACAACGGUGAUACACGUGUGUCAUAACGUUCUGACUGGAGUUCAUUCGGCGUGUACCGGCACCUCGUUGUCUGCAGUCAGACGUGCUAGGCUUUAAAUUCACACUUCAUAAGCCAUCAUCCAGGAUGGCUUGUGUAGCAAAACAUCUGAUCAAGAAGAGAGCGAGAGUGAAGCAUGGAAAGGAAACAAGGACGUGCUCGUGCUUCGGAUAAAAGCAUCUGCCAAAAUUCAUGCAUGCAAAAUCUAGCGUGAUAUGAUAGUACAUCUCAAAACGAUGGCGAGGAGCCACUUUUAACCUUCAUCACUGCUCAGUGCUGUGGAAUACUCAGAAGUAAACUUUAUGCCUUGUUUAAACCUCAUUACUGUACAUAUUAUUUGUACCUCUACUUACAGGAAUGUGGAGGGAAUUCCUUUGUGUAUGUGUGUGUGUGUGUGUGUCAGAGGCGUAGUGAAGGAAUUCAUUUCUAGGGGAUGAAGAAAUAUUCUGAAGAAAAUCACUGCGUUAUAGGUGUGAUUAUAUUUUGGGUGGAUGUCAGACAGUAGUAGAAGCAAAGCUUUUCUUCGCAUAUCCCAGCAUGUCAGGAAGCUGGGGUCAGAACGCAGGGUCAGCCAUGAUACAGCACCCCUGGAGCGGAGAGGGUUAAGGGCCUUGCUCAAGGGCCCAACAGUGGCAGCUUGGCAGUGCUGGGGCUUGAACCCCCGACCUUCCGAUCAGUAACCCAGAGCCUUAACCGCCAAGCCACCACUGCCCCACUAUAAUGUUAAUAAGAUAUAGGAAAUAAAAUACUUUAAUGAAUGCACCACUCAAAAUUAUUUAAAUAGCAUGCUAGAGAAUGGAAUAUUAUAAUAAUAAUAAUAAUAAUAAUAAUAAUAAUAUCAUCUUACCUUCUAACAUCUUACCUAAAAACCGUCUGUAGUAAACUUCAAGAUCAUAUAUAUAUAUAUAUAUAUAUAUAUAUAUAUGACUCCUAGAUAUGACUCUGGUGUGCAUUCAUUCUACAACAAAGUGCAAAAAAACCACGUCAUGCUUCUGCACACACACACACGGCUGUUUCUCUGGAACAACAAGAAUGCGACUUAUCUCAUUUUCCAAAUGCGGAUCAGGACAAUGAAACUGCAUGCCUGUUUUUACUUGAUUUGAAGCGUGACUUUAGAGCUCCUUUUGGCGUCUCAUGCUGUUUAUGUAGGGUAGGUGGCGCUGUGCCAAUCUAAAACUAAACAAACAAAAAAAAUUAAGAUUGAUGUGAAACAGCAUUUGAUUAUGACGACGUUGUGUCAAAUUCAUUCAGUUCGCAUUCGACAGAAAGUAUCUUUAGUGUCGUCAGCGUUAAUGUUUUGUCUUGAAUGGUUUCGUUUUGUGUAAUGGCCUGAUAUAAUAUGAUUUGUGUGAUGAUUAACUCUUUAAAAACAAAGAUCAUGAGAAAUGUAUGUAUAGUAUAUUCUGCUUUUGUGUACAAUAUAAGCUGGUUUAUUACUCUUCUGGUCAUAUUCUUGUGAAAUAAAAAGUUAUUUUAUCACA